AUGGGGAUGCAAUCAGUGUGCGGAGGAGCAGGGCGGUGGCGGCGAGCAGUGGCGUGGUGGGGGGCCGUCCUGGUCCUCGCCCAUUUACUCAGCUGCGGCAGCGCGGGGCUCCUGGACACCAACCCGGGCUUGGCCUAUAACUUCUACGCGACGACGUGCCCCAGCGCCGAGGCCACCGUCCGGAGCAUCACCUGGGCGCAGGUCGCCGCCAACCAGGCCCUCCCCGGCCAGCUCCUCAGGCUGCACUUCCACGACUGCUUCGUCAAGGGCUGCGACGCGUCCAUCCUGCUGGACAACGCGCAGAGCGAGAAGACGGCGCCGCCCAACGGCUCCCUCGGCGGCUACCCGGUGAUCGACGCCAUCAAGGCGCAGCUCGAGAAGGCCUGCCCGGGCGUCGUCUCCUGCGCCGACAUCGUCGCGCUCGCCGCCCGCGACGCCGUCUCCUACCAGUUCAAGGCCUCGCUCUGGCAGGUGGAGACCGGCCGCCGGGACGGCCCCGUCUCGCUCGCCAGCAACACCGGCGCGCUGCCCUCGCCCUCCGCCGGCUUCAACGGCCUGCUGCAGAGCUUCGCCGCCAAGGGGCUCGACGUCAACGACCUCGUCGCGCUCUCCGGCGCGCACACCAUCGGCAAGGCCAGCUGCUCCAGCGUCACGCCCAGGCUGUACCAGGGCAACGCCACCAGCAUCGACCCCCUGCUCGACUCCACCUACGCCAAGACGCUCAUGAACGCCUGCCCCAACAAUCCCGCUUCCACGUCCACGGUGGACCUGGACGGCGCCACGCCGUUCAAGUUCGACGGCAGCUACUACACCAACCUGCAGAACAAGCGGGGAGUGCUCGCCUCCGACGCCGCGCUCACGCAGAACGCCGCUGCCGCGACUAUUGUCAACGACCUGACCAACCCGAUCAAGUUCUACGCCGCCUUCUCCAUGUCCAUGAAGAAGAUGGGACGCGUCGACGUGCUCACCCUCAAGAACGGACAAGGGAAGAUCAGGACCAAGUGCAAUGUGCCGUGA